AUGCGCUCCCUGGACAGUCCGCUUCCAUCGGUCGACAUCCCGUCUGGAAACUCCACCCGCGAAAGCCUCAGUUCCGCGGCCAUUGCCAAUCGUCCCGAUGCUGUGCCGCACAAGCUUGCAGACAAAACUGACCGCACGCCGGCGGCGCGUCUGUUGGUUGUAGUUGCUCAGCUUGUCGGUACCCCCGGCCUCGCCAACCUUGAGCACGUUAGGCGAGUCGAGUAG